UCGUAUGGCCCAUUCAGCACGAAGAUAAGGCUAUGAACCAAAAGAGAGCCCAACAGCCACCCACUCCAGAAUUCCCACCAUAGAUCAGCAAAAUCAACCCCAUCAUAACUCAUACGCUCUGAGCUUUAGAAAAGAAUCAGAAAGAUGAACUCUUUUGCACUUAGAUCCCAACUCUUCUACCCAAAGCACAAUCACCUCACCACCCCGUCUGCUAAGCCGAAUCCUCCUUUUCUCAUCCCCGUCAGAACCACAUCACGUCUAAAACACCAUAAAAAUCCAUCCCCAGUUUCUCUUCCUCCCAUACAAAUUAACCGCGCAAAACUAAGUCUCAUACACAAGCCCCAAAUCCCAGGGCUCCUACCCAAAUCCCCAGAGAUUUGUGGAGAAGAAUUUUCACAUGUUUCCUCAAAUGGGUAUUCAAGAUUUGUGAUAGUGGGAACAGUAGCCAUUGGAUUAGUAUUGCUUCUGAUUGGAGUGGAUGAACAGAAGGCACUGGCUUUUGGGCCUGAAGGGCCACUAAUGGAAGACUUUUGGGAUAACAUGAGAAGAUAUGGGCUUUAUGCUCUGACAGUGAGUACUGGGGUGAUUUACACCCUCUUUCAGCCCAUAUGGGAGUUGUUGAAAAACCCCAUCUCUGCUAUUCUUGUUCUCACAAUCUUUGGGGGCAGCAUCUUCAUUGUUUCUCAAGUGCUUAACGCUAUGGUUGGUGUCUCUGAUUUUAGCUAUGAAUAUGCCAACUAGAUUGAGAGUUUUGUUGUAAUUUGUUUUCCCGGUCUUGAUAUUUGUAUUUGUUUGUCGUUCAAUAGAAAAUUAAAAACAUGGAAACAAUCUCUCCACGUGUGAUGGUGAGGCUGCAUAGAUCUUAGCUAUUCCAAAAAUAAUUUUAAGAGUUUCAUGCA